GGCCGGACGCCCCGGAGCCUCCGCGCCGCAGCCUCCCCGGGGUCUGGGAGCGAGUCCGAGGGCCAUGGCCGAGGCGGCGCCUGCUCCGAACCACAGGAUAUCAGAGUUGGAAGGGACUUCUGAAGUCAUCUAGUCCUGGUCAGAUUAGAUCGCAGGCUUCUAAGACUGGUUCGGGAACUAGACAUGGAGACACGGCGAUCCUCGCCUUUGGCAUUCUCCAGUGUUCCUCAGCGAGAAACUCUCCCUCACUCACCUGCUGGACCCCUCCAAGAGACUCCAUCCCAGUACUCUGCUCUUUCCCCUAAAGAAACUCCAUCACUGUUCCCUGCCAUUCCCCAGAAAGAGGCCCCACCCCGGAUCAUUCCUGAGAAAGUGACUCCUGCCCGACUCCACUCUGUUUCCCAGAGGGAAAUUUCACUCCCAAUUCUUGCUUCUCCUGAGCAAGAGAUAGCUUUUCAACAUCCUCCUGUUCUCCAGCCUGAAACUCAGUGUCCACCCUUAGCUGCUUCUGAACAAGAAAUCUUAUUUCGGUCCCAUCCUGUUCAUUAUCAAGAAAUCCCACUCCAUUCCCCUGAAAUUCCUGAGAAAGAAAGCCUGCUCCUUUCCGCUACUGUUCCUGAAGCUGAGAUGGAGACCCUACUGCAAAGCCCAGGUCAUGGGAUUCAAAAGGAUACAUCCUUUCAGACCUCUGCUGCCUCUCAAAAGGAAACUCCACUUCAGACUGCUGAAAUAUCCCGCUUGGCAAUAUGGGCUGCCAUCCAAGCAGUGGAGAGGAAAGUGGAAGCCCAGGCCAUGAGGUUACUCACCCUGGAGGGGCGGGCAGGAACGGCUGAGAAAAAGCUAACUGACUGUGAAAAGACAGCUGUGGAAUUUGCAAACCACCUAGAGAGCAAAUGGGUUGUGCUAGGGACCUUGCUCCAGGAGUAUGGUUUAUUGCAAAGAAGAUUAGAGAAUAUGGAAAACUUAUUGAAAAAUAGGAAUUUCUGGAUUCUUCGACUCCCCCCAGGCAGCAAUGGAGAAGUUCCCAAGGUACCAGUCACAUUUGAUGAUGUUGCAGUCCAUUUCUCAGAACAGGAGUGGGGGAACCUGUCUGAGUGGCAAAAGGAACUUUACAAGAAUGUGAUGAGGGGCAACUAUGAAUCUCUUGUCUCAAUGGACUAUGCAAUUUCCAAACCAGACCUUAUGUCACAGAUGGAAAGAGGAGAGAGGCCAACCAUGCAGGAACAGGAAGAUUCUGAGGAAGGAGAAACACCCACUGACCCCAGUGCUGCACAUGAUGGAAUUGUGAUCAAAAUCGAAGUACAGACCAAUGAUGAAGGCUCAGAAAGCCUGGAAACCCCAGAACCACUGGCGGGACAAGUAGAGGAGCAUGGAUUUCAGGAGUCAGAGCUGGGGGAAGCCUGUGGGGAACAGCCUGAUUCGGAUGCACAGCAGGAAAGCAGGCUUGGGGAAUCCCCUGAUGACACUAGGGAUUUCAGCGAACUGAAGCAGAUGCUGGUGCAGCAGAGAAACUGUACAGCCGAAGGCAUCGUGAUAAAAACCGAGGAGCAGGACGACGAGGAUGAGG